AGGCUGGUCAGGGUCUUGAAAUUUCCCAUGGAGGCUGGAUAGGGGUCUCCUGACAUCUGAGACACCACCAAAGCGGCAGAGGCAUCUGAGAAGUCUUGAGAAGAUACAGGUAUCACUCCGACUAUAAGACGUGAUCUCCCCGGGUGAGUAGGAGCAUAGCCUGGCAAACACCAAACCAGUCCACAGCAAACAAGCAAGCAACAUCUUCCACCAUGGCCUUGAUCGCAGCUACAUCCAUUUUCAUCCUUGCGACACUAUUGCAGACAGUCAGUGCUGCGCCAGCGUCCCAUCAUCACAUGCACAAACAUGUCGCUCUUCUCAGGCGGCAAUAUCAUCAACACCCAGACGAGGUGAUCCGCAUGAGACAGGGUCCGAUACACAACGAUCCCGAGAUGAUUGACUCGCUCGUCGACCCGAGGCCAGAUGCAACAGGCCACCCUGAGAUGGUGGUCGAUCCAGUCCUGGGCGACCCAUUGGUCACUCGAUAUCUAGAUGACACGGCUUUGUGAGGGCUAGAGGGCUUGCAGUAUGGGAGGAGCUCGCAGGAGAU